UUUUUAUACAUAUAUAUUAGGGAUUACCUUGGAGGGAUCGCUGUGGCUGGCUUGGUCGUGUUUGCUUUGGCUGGCGUCACGACCUACGUGCUGAUGAGGACGGCGCCAGGAAAAGCUGCAGAGGGUGCCAGAGCACGUGGCCUUCAAAGCGCCAACCAGAGCAGCGUGGCGACCGUCACCAUGGCAACCAAGGCCUUGCCGAAAGCCUGGCGUCGCGAGCACGAGGACGUGACUGCGGUGACGACGACGACGACGACCACGACGACUCCCGCCACCAGCACGACCUCGUCAACGACGACAGAUACAAAGCCGACGACCACUAGAAAUGAGGCGACCUCCAGGUUGGCAAUAGAGGCCGAGACCGCAGAGGCCGAGAUUGGAGAGGCCGAUACCGGAGAGGCCGAGACCGGAGAGGACAAGACCGGAGAGGACGAGACCGGAGAGGACGAGAACGUUCAGUACACCCGAGCAAAGCAUAUCCCUCGUCGAACGAAGCAUCCAGCGAAGCCUCAAGACAAUGAAGUUACCCUGGCGCCUGAAGAAACUACUCUGUAUGAAGCCGCUCAGGUACCGACGCCUCUGAUGUGCGUCACGGGCAGGAUGAAGAGAUCUCCUGCCUUGCCAGAGGACGGGCUCUGCGAUUACAUGAUCUACAGUGCGGUCAGCGUCAACACGAAAAGUAGCAAGAACCCGACCAAGGUGGCAGUCGCCAAGCGUCCAGUAGGAAACGUGGUAACCUACAAAGAAUUCAAGAAACGAGCCAAAGAAGCGAAGAGUACGAAGUUCGCCGUGUCCUUCGAAGGCGACUUCUUGGUUCACGGAGAGAAGUACGUGCACAUGUACCCCAGGGAGAUAUUCGUGCCUUUCAUCGACGGAAACAUCAAGGGCUUCGGUGUGGCCUACCUCGACAUGGACAUUACAACCUACCUGAAGCACCAUCAAAGCCGCAUCGAGUACACCAUCACUCGCAUGGAUGUCGUCGUGAAGAAGCUGGACAAGUCUGCCUACAGCUUCUUCAUCAUCGCUGCUCUCGCGCCCAAAGGAGAGGACAGGAGCACCUUUGCCAACCAACUUUACGACACCGUACACGAGUACCCAACAGUGUUUGUCAGCCAUCUCACAAACACGAAGGCGAAGCCCUGCCGGGUGCUGCCUUCGAGCUUCUGGAAGUACGAGGACACCAACAACUCCUACAUCGCCAGCAUCAAAGACGCCCUGCGCAUGAAGCGCGUGAUUAACCGGUACGACAUUCACCACGUCGUGUCCUUCACGGCGGCAGUCUUCUCGUUCACCAUCACCAAGAAGACGGCAAAGAACAUCGAUGGCUGGACCAACCUGCAGUGUGCGCGCUGCCAGGUUUUCUCGAUGAACGAAGUUUGCAAAGGGGUCAACUUCACGGUAGGUACGAAGGGAAAGAAGGUCGGGAUACACUACGACUACAGAGAAGCCGACAGAACCUGGAGAACCUACGAAACCCAAGAAUCCAUAUCAAAAAAGCUGCAGCUGGCGUUUUCUCACAUGAGAGCCCACGGGAACACGGGAACCGGAGUUGCCAUGUUCGACAUCGACGCCGACGUAGCGAACAAGUGCGGUGCCACGUACCGGUACCGGAGGCUGAAACAUCUCAAAGACGCCAUGUUGAGGCUAAGGCAAAUCAACGAGGACCAGAAUAAAGCAGCUGCCACCUGACUGCCGCUAUGAUCGAGCGCU